GUUGUUACCAGGCAGACAGCCUUUCCAACAUGGCAGCGCCAGGCAACGCAGAGCAAACGCAGUUGCAAGCUAUGGAGGAGGAGGAAGACGCGGGCGUGGAGGAAAGGGAGAUGGAGUCGGACGAAGAGGAGGGCAUGGGGGUAGAAAACUCAGAAGACGAAGAGGAAGAGUCGGAGGAGGACGACAAGGAAAACGAAGCGGAAAUCCAGCGGUUGGAGGAGCAGCUCUCGAUCAACGCCUUCGACUACAACUGCCACGUCGACCUCAUCAAGCUCCUCAAGCAGGAGGGGGAACUGCUCCGCCUGCGAAAGGCGAGGCAGAAGAUGAGCGAGCUCUUCCCUCUAACUGAAGAGAUCUGGCUCGACUGGCUCAAGGACGAGAUCCGCCUGAGUGAGGAGGAUUCAAGCCGAGAGAAAGUGUAUGAGCUGUUUGAGAGAGCUGUGAAAGACUACAUCUGUCCAGAUAUUUGGCUCGAAUACGCCCAGUACUCAAUCGGUGGCAUGGGCUCACCGGGUGGGAUAGACAAGGUGAGGUCCAUCUUUGAGAGGGCGGUGACAGCGGUGGGGCUCCACAUGACCAAGGGACAGACGCUGUGGGAGGCAUACCGAGAGUUUGAGAACGCCGUGUUGUCCACAGUGCAGCCUCCCCCUGGCAGGAUUCCCAGCCGCGAGGAGCAGGAGCUGCUCAACACUCAGCUCGAGCGAAUUCAUACGCUGUUCCGCCGCCAGCUGGCCAUUCCCCUAAUGGAUAUGGAGACUACUUAUGCAGAGUAUGAGGAGUGGUCAGAUAAAGGAGUCCCCGAGACGGUCGUCCAUCUGUACAGAAAAGCUUUGCAGCAGAACGAAAAGUGCAAAUCUCACGAAGAGGCUCUGCUGGUAGCCGAACCGCCCAAACUGGCCGAGUAUCAAGCCUACAUUGACUUCGAGCUGAAGGAGGGCGACCCGGCACGCAUCCAGAUAAUGUUUGAGCGCGCUCUGGCUGAGAACUGCCUGGUACCAGACAUGUGGACUAAAUACGCCACGUAUCUUGACCGGCAGUUGAAGAUCAAAGAUCUGGUCCUCUCCACUCACGAGCGGGCCGUCAGGAACUGCCCCUGGACCAUGAGUCUGUGGAAGAGCUACAUCCAGGCUCUGGAGCGGCACGGGGCCGACCAUCAGAGCGUGUCAGAUGUUUUUGAAAAGGCGCUAAAUGCGGGUUUCAUUCAAGCCACGGAUUAUGUCGAAAUAUGGCAGGCGUACCUCGACUACCUGAGGAGACGAGUGGACUUCAGUAAAGAGUCCAGUAAAGAGUUAGAAGAGCUACGCGCCGCCUUCUCUCGGUCUCUAGACUACCUGAAACAAGAUGUUGAAGAACGGUUUGGUGAAAGUGGAGAUCCUUCCUGUGUUAUAAUGCAGAUUUGGGCUCGGAUAGAGGCCCACCACUGCAAGAACAUGCAGAAAGCAAGAGAACUGUGGGACAAUAUCAUGACUAAAGGGAACGCCAAAUAUGCCAACAUGUGGCUGGAAUAUUACAACCUAGAAAGAGCUUAUGGGGACAUGACCCACUGCAGAAAGGCUCUCCACAGAGCAGUGCAGUGCACUUCAGACUACCCAGAACACGUCUGUGAGGUCCUGCUCACCUUUGAGAGGGUAGAAGGUACGCUGGAGGACUGGGACACAGCAGUGCAAAAGACGGAGACGAGGCUGAACAGAGUCAAUGAGCAGCGAGCAAAGGCGGCAGCGAAGGAAACCAACAUGGCGCGUCACGAGGAGGAGAAAAUGGAGCAGCGGCGGAAGGCCAAGGCAGACAAGAAGGCCCAGAAGAAAUCCCAGAAGUCAAGUCGAGGCGGGGAGAAGAGAAAGGCAGAGCAAGAUGAAUAUCAGGAGGACUGGAAUGAAAAAUCUGCUCCUAAACGGCAGAAAGGAAACGGUGACAACAACACAGACGAGUACAUGGAGACCGACACCGGACUCUUUGGGAGGAACGCUCCUUCUGGAAAUAAGGCCGCUGCAGGCGGAGCCAAACACGCCCAGCAGGGGGCGGUGGUCGUGGCUCAGAGGCACAACGACGACCAGCCUGAGCUGCGGGACGAGAGCUGCAGCGUGUUCAUCAGCAACCUGGCGUACACCCUGGAGGAGCCAGAGGCCAAGCUGGAGGCUGUGUUUGAGCGCUGCGGACCCGUCAAACAGGUCCGGCUGGUCACCGGCAACAGAGGCAACUUCCGAGGCUACGGAUACGUGCAGUUUGAGUCGGCGGUGUCGGUGGCCGAAGCCCUGAAGCUGGACAGGACGGAGGUGGGGGGCAGGCCCAUGUUUGUGUCACCGUGUGUCGACAAAAACAAAAAUCCUGAGUUUAAGGUGUUUAAGUACAACAUAGCGAUGGAGAAACACAAAAUCUUCAUCUCGGGGCUGCCGUUCUCGUGCACUAAAGAGCAGCUGGAGGAGAUCUGCAAAGACCACGGCACCAUCAGAGAAGUCCGCCUCGUCACAUACCGCUCAGGGAAACCUAAGGGUCUGGCGUACGUUGAGUUUGCGGAUGAAGCGCAGGCGUCGCAGGCCGUGCUGAAGCUGGACGGCGUCGAGGUGGAGGGCAACAAGAUCUCCGUCGCCAUAAGCAACCCUCCACGCAGACACCUGAUGGACAAGGCCGGAGCCAGCAGACCCACGGGAGAGACGACGCCUCGCCAGGUCUACGGAUCGAGAGGGAGAGGACGCACGCAGCUUUCUUUGCUCCCUCGCUCGCUGCACCGCCCAGCGGCAGGAAAAGUGGAGAACGGGACCGCGGCGGAUCGAGCGCCGCCAUCGUCGACGGACGGCGCGGCGGCCAACGCGGCCGGAGAGCCGCGCUCGUUGUCAAACUCGGACUUUGCAAAGAUGCUUCUGAACAAGUGAGCGAGGACGAAGGGGAGCCGCGAACACCCCCCACCCCCCCGCCGCGCCGAAAGCCAUCCUGUGUCCUUACAAAUUAGUGUUGGUGAUUUCUGCUGUAACUGGUUCUCUGAUGGUCCCUUUAAUCUCACUCACACCCUCAGCGUCUGCUCUGCAAGAUUGCCUUAACCAUGACAGGGGUGGAUCAUACUCGUGUGUAAAUAUGUGCAGCCGUUGAGUUUUCUGCUUUUGUUGUGUACCGUUUAAGGCAUCCGACAGAUUAUUUGAGAGUAUUUUUUAAAUAUUUGAAACGGCAGAACUUCUGAGUGUUGAGUUAAAAAAAGAAAAAAAAAAAGAUUAUAUGCAAAGGCUCCGACAUAGUGUGAUUAUAGUUAGUUGGUGUGUGUGGACGUGUGUGUGUGCGCUUCGGUGAGGUUUUAGUUUUGUUGUGCAACUUAGGACACAUCAAACAAGUUCAGCCAUUUUUUUCUUUUUUUUAUUCAUCAUUAUUAGGUUAUUAUGUAGUAGAGCCAUCUGAUCCAUCAAGUUAAUACAGAUCAGCAUGUUUUAAUCCACGCUGAGAGCUUAUUCAGCAGAAAAGCUGGAUUUUCCUGUAAUGACUGAGCUCUUCUGUCCCAUCCUUCAUUGGUUUGAUCGCACCAUUUCACCGCGUCUGCUAAGGAGCAGAGCGUCCGCCACCAAGUCUGUUUACGACCCCAGAAGAGGCUUGAACUGGAUUCCCUCCGUGCCGUGAGGCGUAACGAGUAGUACUAAAGAAAUGGGCUCAGCGGGGGAGGAUCAGCAGCUCCCUGGUGGGUCUGGUUGUUGUAGUCCAACCAUGUGGAGCUCCAAGAGUCCGUAGACAAAGCUGUUAUUAGUUGUGAUGAGGUGUCAAGAGUGUAACUCAUGUUUAUUCUUCAAAUGGUUAAUAAAACGGAUUCUUAAGAGACAUUGUUAUGAAAAUAUCAAACUUAGCUGAGCUGGUUUGCAAGAAACUUUAAAGGGAAAGUGCGUCUGGAAAGACUAAAAGCUGAUGUUUAGUCCCCCUUUUUUUUAAGUUUUCCCUUAAGAGGUUCGCUUCAUCCUCAAUAAUCACAUUGAACGAUCUUUUCGAGUGGCAGCGGUCAUCGUACACAUGUUUAGGUCUGUGGAGAAUCUAUGCAGUUUUUCCAUGUCAGGGGUGGGGGGGUGAAGAGGCUUGUACAUACUGUUCAGUAAAUGACUUUCAGAAAGAUCUCCUUAGUUUGUAAUAAAAGCAGAUUUACAUUUUCAGAUGGUAUGUGUUGCUCUCACCACAGUGCCCGAAGCGAACCCGACGUGUAAAUACAAGUCUGAAGGCAUCCUUUUUGUUUUAAUGUCCAGCACUAAAUGGUUGUAUUGUGAGUUUUUGCUGUUUUGUAUAAUUUCUAAAAGGUAAUGUUUUAAAUUUGGAGGAUCUGAAAAGAAUAAAAAUCUUUCAGAAUUUCAUUUUUUUUUUUUUUGGUUUACAGACGCAUCAGUUAAUUAGAUAAUUAAAAAGUUCAUUUGUUUCAGUAAUUCUGAUCAUAAAGGGGAACAGUAUGGAUUAAUUACUCAAUAUUUAGAUUUUUCUCUUUAAUUUUGAUGAUUAUGGCCUAUAAUUAAGGUUUUUCCUCUUGUGUCCUCACCUUGUACCAUUCUUUGUUCCUGCAUCCCCUUUUCCCCGCUUUCAUUGUGACAUUCUUUGCUCCAUUUGUUUUCUUUUGGGUGGGUUCCAAAUUCAAAGCUUGCCCACUGUGGAAAUAUCUGCCAUAAAAUGUAUUGUGAACAUUAGUAAUUUAUAUUUCAAAUGACUGUGAAGGACUGAAGUCUGGAAAUGUGAGUCUAAACGUAUUAAAUGUUUACGUGGCAAAGA